GCCUCCUCCGGCUGGACUCCCCCUUGGCYGGCUGUUCACCACUGUGCCUGUUUUUAUAAUGAAAAAGAAAAUUAUUUCUGCUUUGAGUGAUGGCGGCUCCAGAAAUGGAGGUGGAGGUGGAGGUGGAGCCAAGCCUCAGAGGCCCUGAGAUAGUCACCAUGGGGGAAAACGACCCACCGGCCACCGAGGCCCCCUUCUCCUUCCGCUCACUCUUUGGCCUUGAUGAUCUGAAAAUAAGUCCUGUUGUGCCAGAUGCAGACGCAGUGGCAGCCCAGAUCCUGUCUCUGCUGCCCUUGAAGUUUGUUCCAAUCAUCGUCGUGGGGAUCAUUGCGUUGAUCCUGGCGCUGGCCAUUGGUCUGGGCAUCCACUUCGACUGCUCUGGGAAGUACAGAUGCCGCUCAUCCUUUAGGUGUAUUGAACUGACAGCUCGAUGUGACGGGGUUUCUGACUGCAGAGAUGGAGAGGAUGAAUUUCGGUGUGUCCGGGUGAGCGGUCAGAACGCCGUGCUGCAGGUGUUCACGGCUGCUUCGUGGAGGACCAUGUGCUCCGACSACUGGAAAGGUCACUAUGCGAACGUCGCCUGUGCCCAGCUGGGGUUCCCCAGCUACGUGAGCUCAGACAGCCUCCGGGUGGACACUCUGGAGGAGCAGUUCCGGGGGCACUUUGUGUCCAUCAAUCACCUCUUGCCAGAUGACAAGGUGACCAUGCUACACCACUCGGUGUACGUGAGGGAGGGCUGUGCCUCGGGUCAUGCAGUUACCUUGAAAUGCACAGUCUGUGGCCUGAGAACAGGAUACAGCCCACGCAUCGUGGGCGGAAACGUGUCCUCGCUGGCACAGUGGCCCUGGCAGGUCAGCCUUCAGUUCCAGGGGUACCACUUGUGUGGGGGCUCCGUCAUCACCCCCCUGUGGAUCGUCACUGCUGCACACUGUGUCUACGACCUAUACCUCCCCAAGUCAUGGACCAUCCAAGUGGGUCUGGUUUCUCUGCUGGACAGUCCAGAGCCCUCCCAUUUGGUGGAAAAGAUCAUCUACCACAGCAAGUACAAGCCAAAGAGGCUGGGCCACGACAUUGCUCUGAUGAAGCUGGCGAGGCCUCUCACCUUCAGCGAGAUGAUCCAACCAGUUUGUCUGCCCAACUCUGAGGAGAACUUUCCUGAUGGAAAAGUGUGCUGGACGUCCGGAUGGGGGGCCACGGAGGACGGAGCAGGUGACGCGUCCCCUGUCCUGAACCAUGCAGCUGUCCCCUUGAUUUCCAACAAGCUCUGUAACCACAGGGAUGUCUACGGAGGCAUCAUCUCCCCUUCCAUGCUCUGUGCUGGCUACCUGAAAGGUGGUGUCGACAGCUGCCAGGGAGACAGUGGGGGGCCCCUGGUGUGCCAGGAGCGCAGGCUGUGGAAGCUGGUGGGGGCCACGAGCUUCGGCAUCGGCUGUGCCGAGGUGAACAAGCCCGGGGUUUACACCCGCAUCACCUCCUUCCUGGACUGGAUUCACGAGCAGAUGGAGAGGGACCUGCAGACUUGAAGACUGGGGGACAUGCUGCCACCAGCGCUCUCGAGGGAGCCGGCUCCAUCCUUCCCUGGACUCCUGUGUGGGUACAUUGGACUGAGCAGGUGCCUCCAGGGUUCUGCUCAAGGCAUGAAGAGCAGAGCCCCAGGGAGGCGCCCUCCUGGUACUCUUCCAAUGCCGCGGCCCGGGGCUUUGGGCUGAAGUGAACUUGAAGCUCCUUAUUGCCUCCCACUAGGCACAGAAGCAGGCUGUCCCCAGGCGCAGCCUUUCCCACCAGCCCAGGGCUCUUCUGUGCAGGGUCGUGCAGAGCACCAUGGCCACUUGGCCACACACGGGGACCCAGGGCCCUGAAAGCCAUCCCUCCCUGUAGAUGCAGCUCUUCCCAUGUGUCCCUCUAGAGACCAGAACCGUGUCCUCAUAGCCCGGUGCUUGGCUCCUCAUUGGCCUCUGGCUUCCUGAGAACCCUGCAUCUCGCUCUUGGCUGAGUGCCGACGACCCGUGUAGCCGGAAGUCCUGAGACCGGAGCCUCUUCUUUGAUCUCUUCUGUGCCUGUUGUGCAGUUUGCGUUUUCUGUUGGAGCAGGUUUCUUAGCAGGUUCCUGUUGCCUCAUAUUAUAGUACAAGACUCACAAGCAAAGUCAGAAGAGAUGAAGUCCUGGGUAGAAAGGGGCCACCAGCUCCAACCCAGGGGCACCAAAAACAAGAAGAGUAGAUGGCCACAGGUCAACUCCAUGGAGUCUGUUCAUCUUCCGCACACCUACCCCUCCCAGCUGAUCCCCCUGCCCUGAGUCCCAUGUCACAUAGUAACAGAGGAGGGUCACUUGGUGAGUCUCACUGGCCACUGGUGCUUGUCACAAAUUAAGUCAUCAGAAUCUGAAUCAGUCGCUUUGCAUGUGGCAGUGGUCAACAAGGUCAGUGAGUUUAAAAGAGAGCAGGAUGUGAUCAGGUGCCUGGGGAGGAGCGGCUCCAGGAAACGUGCGUGCGUGUGUGUGUGUGUGUGUGUGUGUGUGUGUGUGUGCACGUGUGUGUUGAGGACAGAUGAAGUACAAGAGCUAGGGCAAACUGGCUGGCAGUGGCUGAAUUUGGAUCUCCCCACCACACCAGAGCCAUGGACAGAUUUCCACACAGUUCAGCCCUUGUGCUCGGGGAACACUGCGAGACCCUCAUGGAUGCCUGAGGCGGGGGUAGUUCUGAACUCUCUCCAUAUCAUGU